AUGCGCGACAGCGAGUGCACGGCGAUGGCGGCACAUAAGUAUGAUAAUACCCAAAUUGAGCGGGCCAGGGAGCUUCUGCGCAUCAGGGGCAACGCCGCUGAGUUGCCGCCGCAAGAAAAGACCAGGCGCAGGCGCAGAUUGCAGUCGUUCAUGGCUGCGAAGCUUCUUCACAACAUGCGCCUCGUGAGCGUCGGCGAAGGCGUCAGGGCGGUCAAGAUCACAUUGGAACAGUACCACGAGAUGAAGGACUGCUACGAUUGGAAGAGCCAUCACUCGUGCUCCGACCAGGGCCCCGACAUGGAGUGCCUGAAGUGUUUCUUGAAGAGCUCGGAGGGCCUGUUCAAUGUGGACGACGACGAUGAUUUGGCACGCGGCAUCGACAACGAUUUCAGAAUGGCGGACAGGAGGUGCGGCCUGUGGGCGUUCAGGAUGUUCAGAGAGUUCGAGGACAUCGCGACGGAGGUGAAGACGUUCGUCAACCCUCACACGUGCCCGAUCUUCUGCGAGGCGGCGCCUGCCAUUCUCGAGGUGGCUGGCAGGAAGGACGAACCCGCCAUGUGGUUUGGCGGCCAUUGGUCCUCUCGCAUCGACCGCAUGCAAGUCGCGAUGCGCGCCGCCUGCUUCUCGCACGCGGCCAUGGUGCGCGAGCAGUCGAGCGCGAAGAAGCUCGGAGUCAAGAUGAAGGAGUUGCACAGCGAAGCGAACCAGCCUGGGGGCAACGACCAGGCCGCGAGCAUGAAGUCUGUGGCAGCCGAGCAGAAGCGCGUCAGGAUGGCCACUCGGGACAAAGUGGAUGUUGCAACCGCCAACUACAACAACACGAAGAACAAUAACAUCGACGGUGCGACGUUCGCCAUCCGCGACCCGUGGGCCAUUUGGCAUAUCCACAACCUCAAGGAUCUCACGCGCGUCACGGGCUGGGAGGUGGGCCAAGUUGUCAACGGCGAGUUCCUACAAGUUUUCUUGGAGUCCACGUCUGUGCCGUUCGCUGGCAAGGGGAUGAUGGCCCACUUCGGCUUCACUUUGGAUCAAAGCCACCUCGACGCGCGCGAAGUGACCGCACCCCACCCGCUUCUGAUGAUCGAGGGUGACCUGGCCGAGCUGAUCGGCACCUAUUCCCUUGUCUUGAACGCUGGUCGCUUCAAGAGGCUCUACAAGUUAAUGGGUUGGCUGGCCGAGGUCCUCGACCUCUUCAAGCAAGACUGCGAGAAUUGGGAGGCGCUCGGCAACGACGCAGUUGGCUUCAAG